AUGAUCGUGUUAAUGAUAAUGAUUAUUGAAGGGUGCUUUUUUUUUUGCUAUACUGUGUCGGUAAGACAAAAAUCAACCACAAGCCCCGAUGAGCGCGACAUUCCAGCCACCGAGUUUCCUGUGCUGUGCUUCAACCAAGCAAUGCCAACUUCUGAAGAGACCGCUGUUUACCUCAAUGAUUACACCGACACAACCGAAGUACUACCGCUUGAAUUACAGCGUAAUUUUACUCUCAUUCGACAAUUAGACGAAGGAGCUCAAGAUCUUAUGGAAAAGGUCGCUGAGAAAUCUCUCCGAUUAGCAGAAGCCAAGACUGUAUUGUUACCAGAAGAGCGUCAGGAGCAACUAGUUGUCAUUGGGCGACUUUUGAACGAAGCGCUCAAAAAAGGAGAAGAAAAGUUUGCACUUGCAAAGUCAAUUUAUGAUACUGUCGAUAGACAUUGUACACGCCUAGAUAAUGAUUUACAAAAGUUUGAGAAUGGAAAAUACGGUGGAUCUGGUCGAUCUAUUGAACAGCAGACACCCACAAGAGCACAAACAGAAGAAAUUAGUAUUGAGCCUGAAAAAGGCAAACGAAGAAAGAGAACAGAAAAAAAAAAUGAAGAACAAGAAGUAAAUAUGUCGAAAUUGAUUUCAAUGAUGAAUUAUGAUGACACUUAUAAUGGUGGUGGUGGUAGUGGUGUUGAGUAUGAGGAUAACUAUGAAUCAAAUCUACAAGGAACAAAUUAUUACAGCAGAAAAAAAGGGAAAGAAAGGGAAAAAACGAAAGACUGUGGAGAAGGAAGUAGAACAAGUAGUAGAGCCACAGGGGAAUUAUCUUUCUACAGAAGAUGCAAAAAAUCAUGCAGAAGCAUAUUUUACUGUGAUUUUGAUAGUGUGAUUUCGAUGAGCCAUCUUCCAAUUGACCCCAAUGAACCGUUAUAUUGCUACUGCCAGCAGGUAUCAUUUGGUGAAAUGGUUGCCUGUGACAAUGAAGAGUGUGAUAUCGAAUGGUUCCACAUUGAAUGCGUUGGUCUAAAGGUCCCACCCAAGGGCAAGUGGUACUGCAAGAAUUGUGGAUCUGACACAAAGAAGCCAAGGAGGUUAUUGUAA